CUACUACUACUGCUACUACUACUGCUACUACUACAUAGUAAAGAAUGUAUAUGGUUAAGCUAAGUCAUAUAGUGGCAUCACGUGCGUGCCAUAGUAUAUGGCCCAGAACUGGAGGAAUAGGAAUACUAUCCCUUUCAAAGAGUAUAUCACUGUCUACUAUUAGUGGAGCCGAAGUAUUCCAUCCUCGAUCUCGAGUACCAGACAAUGAAUUCGUAAGAUGUACAGUAUUUAAUAAAGCAGGAGAUAUUAUUCAACAUGGUAGAGAUAUCAAGAAACUGAAAUUCUUAAAAUUAUAUAAUUUAGCACCUCGAGAUUUUCGAAAGAUCUCAAGACAUCAUAAUCAAAAUAAUAGUUCUACUAGUAAUAUUAAUGUUGAUAUAGUUCCAUCAAUAGUUACCAGACAUGAUGGAAUAUUAUUAAAUUUAUUGAAUAUUAAAGCGCUUAUAAAAUAUGAUACAGUGGCAGUAUUUGAUAGUGUAAGAUCUUCAUCAGGAGGUUCUAGAUUUAAUGAAUCUCAUUCUCAUAGUAUAUUCUUAAAGGAUCUUGGUGAUAGAUUAAAGGCUCAUGAUGAAAGUUUACCUUAUGAAUUCCGAGCUCUUGAAUCAGUAUUGGUUCAUGUAAUGUCGAAUUUAUCUACUGAAAUGAGAGUUCAUAAGACUGUCUUACAAAAUAUUCUUCUGGGUUUAGAAGAUUCAAUUGAAAGAGUUAAAUUAAGAUAUCUUUUAAUUCAAUCUAAGAAAAUAGCUCAAUUUCAUCAAAAGGCUUCAUUAAUUCGUGAUCUUUUAGAUGACUUAUUGGAUCAAGAUGAAGAAUUAAAUGCAUUAUAUUUCACUGAUAGUCAUAAGGGUAUAGAACGAGAAGGUAAUAAUCACACCGAAGUUGAAAUUCUCUUGGAAUCUUAUUAUAAAAUGAGUGAUGAAAUAGUUCAAACGGUUGAAAAUCUUCGAUCACAAAUUAGAACAACUGAAGAAAUCAUUAAUAUCAUUUUAGAUUCGAAUCGAAAUGAGUUAAUGCUUUUAGGAUUAAAAUUCUCUACCGGAUUAUUAUCUUUAGGUAUUGCCUUAUAUAUUGGAGCAUUAUAUGGAAUGAAUUUAGAAAAUUUUAUUGAAGAAUCAGAUGGAGGAUUUGAAGUGGUAGUAACAUUAUCUACUAUGGCUUUACUAUUUUUAUUAUAUAUUAGUAUGAAGAAAUUGCAUAAAGUUGAACGAGUUACUAUGACAGGCAGUAAAGAGGAAAAGUUACGGAAGAUGUUAAGGAAAAUGUGACAUGUAUAUAAUGAAUAUAAUUAACAAUAUAAAUAAAUAAUGACU